AUGACGAGAGAUAUUGAAGAUGAGAUCAGAGACGAGAAGAACCCACGACCACUUGACGAAGAUGAUAUCGCUCUCCUCAAAACUUAUGGGUUAGGGCCUUACUCUGCACCUAUUAAGAAAGUUGAGAAAGAAAUCAAAGAGCUCGCUAAGAAGAUCAAUGAUCUAUGUGGUAUUAAGGAGUCUGAUACUGGCUUAGCUCCUCCCAGUCAAUGGGAUCUUGUUUCGGACAAGCAGAUGAUGCAAGAGGAACAGCCACUGCAGGUUGCGAGAUGCACAAAGAUAAUAAGUCCAAAUACUGAAGACGCCAAGUACGUUAUUAAUGUCAAGCAGAUAGCUAAGUUCGUUGUUGGUCUUGGAGAUAAAGUAUCUCCCACUGACAUCGAAGAAGGCAUGCGCGUGGGAGUUGAUCGGAAUAAAUAUCAGAUUCAGAUUCCUCUACCUCCAAAAAUCGAUCCUAGUGUGACCAUGAUGACAGUGGAAGAGAAACCUGAUGUGACUUACAAUGAUGUUGGUGGCUGCAAAGAGCAGAUUGAAAAGAUGAGAGAGGUUGUUGAACUGCCCAUGCUUCAUCCAGAGAAAUUUGUGAAGCUUGGAAUAGAUCCACCCAAGGGUGUUCUCUGCUACGGUCCUCCUGGUACUGGUAAAACCCUCUUGGCUAGAGCUGUGGCCAACAGAACCGAUGCUUGCUUUAUCAGGGUCAUUGGCAGUGAGCUUGUUCAGAAGUAUGUUGGUGAAGGAGCUAGAAUGGUUCGUGAACUCUUUCAGAUGGCAAGGUCCAAGAAAGCUUGCAUUGUGUUCUUUGACGAAGUUGAUGCCAUUGGUGGUGCAAGAUUUGAUGACGGUGUUGGUGGUGAUAACGAAGUCCAACGUACUAUGCUUGAGAUUGUGAAUCAGCUUGAUGGGUUCGACGCUCGUGGUAACAUAAAGGUUCUCAUGGCAACAAACAGGCCUGACACACUAGACCCUGCACUUUUACGUCCUGGACGUCUUGACCGUAAGGUAGAGUUUGGUCUUCCUGAUCUAGAGAGCAGAACACAGAUCUUCAAGAUUCACACACGAACCAUGAACUGCGAAAGAGACAUCCGUUUCGAACUCCUUGCUCGUCUCUGCCCAAACUCAACCGGAGCUGAUAUCAGAAGUGUAUGCACAGAAGCCGGAAUGUACGCGAUCCGAGCUAGGAGAAAGACUGUCACCGAGAAAGACUUUUUGGACGCAGUGAACAAAGUCAUUAAAGGUUACCAAAAGUUCAGUGCAACUCCAAAGUACAUGGUCUACAAUUAG